AUGGGAAAUCAACUAACUAAUUUACACCUAAGUGAUUGUCUCUCUUUAACUAUUCUUAAUUGCAGCGGCAAUCAGUUGGUUAAUCUAGAUGUCAAAGAUUGCUCUUUUUUAUCUUGUCUUUGCUGUAGCAGAAAUUCUCUUAUAAACCUCGUUUUGCCGAAUAAUCUUAUUAAUUUAAAAAUUCUAGAUUUAGGUUACAAUAAUUUUCCUCCUCAAGAUUUGUCCUUUUUAGUUCCUUACGCUAACUUAGAAAGACUCAAUUUAACACACAAUAAAUUCACUGGUUCCUUGAACUAUUUAAGUGGCAUGCAGCAAUUGAAAGAACUUGAUAUCAGUAGCACUGAUAUAAAUGAAGUAGAUAUAAAUAAAUUGCCCUUUAGCGUAGUUAUGGAAUAUGCCAAAAAUGUCGACAAUUCAAUACAAAUAAAAAUUGAUGUCAACCUUGUGCUGAAAAAGAACAUUAAAUAUUUAGCCGAAGGCGGUUUUACACAUGGUGAAGAUGUUGUGCUAAAAGUUCCAAAUAAUUCCCAAAAUAUUUCCCUGGACUUUUUAACAGAAGUUGCUAAUAAUAAGUUAGCUGAAUUUGGUACUAAUUUUGAUGUCGUUACAUGUUAUGGUAUUUCCCAAGAUCCAAUUACUAGGGACUAUGUUAUAGUCAUGCAAUACAUGAAAGGAGGAAAUUUAAGGCAAUAUUUGCAACGAGAAGGCAAGGAAUUAAAAUUUUACAACAAACUAAAAAAAUUAAAAGCAGUGCUAACUAGCAAACUAAUAAAUACCGAAGAAAUCACUGCUAAAUUGCAAACUCUAAAAACAACUGAAAUAGGUUCUCGCAAAAUAGAAUUAGUAGAAAUUGCCCAAGAGGAAGAGCACCAAGAAGCUUCUAAUGAAGAUUCUCUCCAAGCCCAAAUCCAAAUUCUGCCCAAGGGUAGUAAUAAUUAA